GGCGCAUCGACGUCGACGUUCACCACACCGCACAUACAACACUCAUUAUCGCUGCUCCAACUGCUAUACGCCUGGUUAAAUACAGUACUUAGAUCGCGACGCCGUUCAUCAACGACGCGACCACUACAGACAUAGGACCCUUUCGCCAGAGGCUGUCAAGCACAAGUCCAAGGCUAUUUUCUUUGCAGCAAUGGCGGAUCUCGACGUGAAGGAAGAGCGCGACUACGACAGGCGCGGCACAGACAGCUAUCGAGGUGGGGGAAACAAGCGCCGCCGUGAUGAUGAAGACAACUACGCUCCCCGAGACGACCGCCGCGGACCUCAGAGACGCCGCCGAGACGACCCUCCUCGUCGCCGCUAUGAAGAGCCGCCCUUCCCUAAGCUACGGCGUCUGCUAUUGAACAUCGCCAGUUCCACCAAGCUACCACAGGACGAGGCUAUUGACAUCGCAACAUACUUGGGAGAGCACUUUGACGACGAGCGCCUCCGAUCGGACUUCUUUGACCUUUUCGUGCAGCUCAUCAUCGAACAGCCCUUCAAGAUUCCCUUCGUCGCCGCGGUCGCCUUCUACGGAAACGACGUCAAGCCGGAGAUCACGAUUGAAGCCAUGAAGUGUGUGGGCGAUCGCGCACAGCAGGCACUAGAUGCUGGCGAGUGGAAGGACUUCAAGUUGCUUCUGAGGUUCUUCGCCUGCUUACAGUCACUGUACCAAGAUGACGGCAUCUUCAGCUUCCUGGGCCAGUUGUUCGACAAAAUCGUCGAUCUACAGAGUGAAGACGAGAACGACGUGGUGGGCAUCGAACUGGUCAAGAUCAUCCUUCUGACCAUCCCCUACGCCGUGGUAGCAGGAGGUAACCGUUUCCACGAACAAGCUCAGCAGCUGCUCAAGAACACUGGAAUUGUGGCUGGCAACGCACUCCCCAUCGAGAGCGUGAUUCACUCGUACGUGGGAGAGGAGGACGUCAAGCCGAUGGCUUACCACAGUGUCAUUGGCCUCCUGCAAGCACAGCUUACAGCAGAGGCUGGCUCUGGAUUCGCGUUGGCUUGCAUCCCACAUUUCGACCCUGAAGCAAUGCGCAAGUCCGCCGCCAAAGAAGAGGACGCCGAAACACUGCCUGCAGCCCCUCCCACAUACGCAUUCCCAACCUUCAACGUGCCCUCUUUGAUUAAUCCUGGCCCGCGACCCAUUUUCCCAGAGGCCUACUUCUCUUUGUUUGCAGACCAGGAGGCCAACACUGUCCCGAAAACGACAGACAUUGCGUCUUCGCUCAUCCGCGACGCCAUCGUUGACACAAUCAACCAGCUUGACUUCAAUCGUGAUAUGGUCGCUAAGUUCUUGGUCGAUGUCGACUGCUACUGGACGAUCGAUGCCUUCGCUAAGCGGGGAACACCACUUGAUAAGUUCAAGGACCAACCCGAGGGCAAAGUCCAGUACAAGUCUGAAGACAUGAUCAUCGAUGCCAUCUUUUCGCAGCUUUUCAAGCUACCAUCUGCGGAACACAAAUUGGUGUUCUAUCACUCUGUGAUCACACAAUGCUGCAAGGUUGCACCCCAGGCUAUAGCGCCUUCGCUCGGACGUGCGAUUCGUACCAUUUACAAGAGCCUGCCCGUACUGGAUCUCGAGUUGGGCUACCGAUUCCUAGACUGGUUCUCGCACCAUCUCAGCAACUUCGAGUUCCGAUGGAGGUGGACAGAAUGGCUCGACGAUCUGGAGUUGACAAACUUGCACCCGAAGAAGGCCUUCAUCCUUGCUGCGCUCGACAAGGAGAUCCGCUUGUCUUUUGCUAAGCGUGUCAGAUCGACACUGCCUGAGCCAAUGCACUCGCUGAUUCCUGAGCGCCUUGAUGAGGACAACAGUCCAGACUUCAAGUACGACAACCAGCAAACCCCUUACGCAGCAGAAGGCCAGGCAUUGUUGCAUCAGCUCAGGAAGAAGGCUCCGCCAGAGGAGGUCCAAGCUACCAUCAACAAGAUCCACGAGCAAGCUGUCGAGCAAGGCAUCACCGAAGUGCUGGUGCCCUCAACCGAUGCUUUUGUCACCGCGAUCUGUCGACUUGGUGCAAAGUCACUUUCUCACGUUCUCUCAUGUAUUGAGCGAGGCAAGGACCGCCUAUUGGAGAUCUCACAGAAUGAAGUUGCGCGACGCCAGAUCGUUGCAAGUGUAGUCGAGUACUGGAAGGACCAACCAGGUGUCGCCGUCAGGAUCAUCGACAUCUUGCUCAACUACACCAUACUCGCACCCAUGACCGUUGUUCAGUGGGUCUUCGGUAGCCACUUGGGUGCUGGCGAGGCUCUGACUGAAAGCUGGGUGCUUGAGAUGGUCUCAAACACAGUCGCCAAGGUCACGAACCGUAACCGCCAGAUCGCAUCAGCUCGUAUUCAAAAGGGCCUGCCCGCAGACCAGAUCGAGAUGGUCGAUGCAACUCUAGCCAAGGACCGUGACAACGCCCGCGAGCUUUUCAAGUACAUCGAGGAUUCUACACGCGGAGUUUCUGACGGCUCAGCCGACGUAUUGAUGGAAAAGAAGACUAGCGGCGCGCUGUCCGAAGAAGAAGUGCAGCUCAUCCAGGCAUGGGGUAGACGCUGGCACCAGACCUUCCUGCGCAAGGCUCAAGUCGAGGAGUCUGUCGUCGGAGAGCAGGCGGUCGAGGCCAGGAUUAAGUUUUUAGCUGCUGAGCCGGAUAUUGAGGGCGCAGACGGUGAGGCCACGAAUGGCGAGGCACAGAUGUCUCUUGCCUGAGCAUCUAUAACAGCGAGCUAAAAGUUUAUGAUUCGGCGCAUUUACGUAGAGAGUCAGGAGAGACUCGGGACAUUUCGAAGGCCUACAGCGGGAAGGUUACCGUCAGAUAGUGUAACAUACUGCAAAGUUAUCUUGAACGCACCUGC